UGUAAUUUAACUGAAGCAAUAAGCGAUAUUGUCUUUGAAUAUUUUCUAGUGUCAACCAGCUCCAACCGAAUAGAAGUUCUUAGUAAGGAAGCCACUGUUGCCCUUUCUGUUGUUGGAGCAAUCCUGUUCCUCUGUAUCGUCCUGGGGUUCGCCUUCUUUUGCUUUAUACGCCAUCAGCAGAAGGAGAUUAUGGAGUAUCGUAAUCAGCUUUUUCCAGUAUACACUGGAAAACACCAGGUAAAAUACCAUGUAAAACGAGCUUAAAUUGAAGCUACUACAUAACAACCAGUGCCCGCUUGGAUGCUGCAACUUAUUUUGUCUGAAAAUGAUGUUUGUUGGAAUAAAACAUUUAUCGUCAGUGCCGGUUAACGUCCUUCGCAAAAUGCACCAGUCUGUUCCGCAAAAAUAGUCACGACUUUUUUUUUUCAACCUACCGUGAACGAGGUGCCGAGUUUCUUUGCGGAGUGGCCAUAAAUCUAAGUCUACUUUUCAAACCUAAACUGGCUUUUGUUUAUUCUUUGACUCGAUUCAAAAAGUGAUCCAUUGCCCUGAAAUGGCCUUCUAAAUUCAGGUAAUACUCAUGAACCAAACAGUUUCCUGUUGGAGGGAAUAAACUUACCAUUGCUCAGACUAAAUAGGUCCCCAUUGUAUACGUUAAGUAAUAAAUUAUUUUUUGAUUGUUUUAGAUUGACCCUAAUAUUACACUGCUUGAACAAUGUAAUGAUCUGCCUUAUGACCCUGAUUUCGAGUUUCCUGAGGACAAGCUCAUUCUUGGGGAGUUGCUAGGAUCAGGGGCCUUCGGAGAAGUCAUUAAAGCAGAGGCUAUAGGAAUAAACAACUUUAGUCCCAGAGACAAAAGUCAAAAGAAAGGUCACCGGCGACCUAAAAUGUUUCGUCAACACAGGGCCGGCCAUGCGUACCACGAUCCCAGGAGCAGUACGUACACGAAGACCAUCGUAGCUGUAAAGACUGUUAAAGGUAAUGUUUCAAGUUAAGAGAUCUCUAUUUCAACUUGUGUAACAUUUACCAUGGAGCAUGGGUGGCUGGUACUUGUCGGGGGUUGGGGGAGGGGGACAAAAAAGGAAUUUGGUUUAUAGUUACUGUAGCAGCUGAUAAUAUGCAGGGGAGGGGACGAGUUACCAGGUUACCUGCGCGGUAAUGAUUUAGGAGACGGGGUAGGGUUGAUUUGGGAAUCUGUGCCUACCAGUGAAAAAAACUCCAGCCAUGCCCCUGGAUUCAGCGAGGGUGAGGUGGGCAAUUCGCACAGGGCCUCUCUUAUGCAUGAGUACCGUUCGUGCUCGUUCCUAUUGCUGAGGUUUGUGACAGUUAAACUGAACGUUGCUUGCGACAUGGUCUCCACUAGACCCUGUGGAAAGUGCACUUUUUUUAACUGACCGAGUACGAUAUUUUGCCGCUUCAGGGGGAGCUACUAAAGAGGAAGUAAGAGACCUGGCGUCAGAGCUGAAAAUUCUAAUUUACGUUGGAGAACACAAAAACAUUGUAAACCUCCUUGGUGCUUGUAUCAAGCGAGAUCGUAUCCUUGUCAUUCUGGAAUAUGCACCACAUGGGAGUUUACAAGAGUUCUUACAAGGCAAGCGAGAUGUUUAUGAAGCAACCUGGACUACGACUGCGAGUAACCCGGAGAUAGGAUUGAAUAUAUCAAAUCUUGUAAACUACUCUUACCAAAUAUCCCGUGGAAUGGAAUAUCUGGCGUCGAAAAAGGUAAUGUAGUAAUGUUGUCCCGUUCAAGGAUUCUCACAUUUCUGAAGAAAAUUCAGUUCUAACAAGAGCUGUAGUGGCUCUUGGUUGUAAUAGACCCUUUUGGCUUAUGUUUUAUUUUCCCAUUUCACACAACGUGAUGUUCUCAAGGCAAUUUUCGUUUUGUCUUUUCAUAAAAUAUACAUACAUAUUUUAAAUUAUAUCGUAUUGUUUGCAAAUUAAAAACAAGAUAUAUGACAACAAUGGUAACUAUUAAAAUCCUAUUUACAAUUAAUUCGCUUUACAAUUCCUGUCGAUUUAAAAAGCACUCAAUUGAGCUUAGAGAGAAGUUAAUUUAACUAAGAAAAAUUUAUUCGAAUUAAAAAGAUUUCAUUUCAAUUAAAAAAAUAAUAAUAAUAAAAAAAAACAUCAAAAAUCUAGGCCUAAAAUUAUGAAUACAGAUGUAGACCAGCUACAGUGAGAGUGAAGUCCUCUGAGACCUCACGUGAUUUGAAUGGAUAUCUAGAACCUCUGACGCAUUUGUGUACAGUUCUUAAUAUAGAAAACGAAAGCUGUAUUCGAAGCCAGGAAAUAACGCUGGCGUAGGGUUCAUCGUUCUUAGUCGAAAGCUUAUUUGCGAGAGUUCUUAAAAAGUUCUGAUAGUCGAGUGCCAUGCUCCCAUUUGUACCAAACACCAGUGGUGUAAAGGUUCCCAUCUCUACAUCCAUCACUCUCUGGUUGUAUUUCCUCUUCUUCUCGUUUUCUUGCUCUUUGAAGAUCGUAGCUGUGUGCUUGCCCUGGUUGGACCGGGAGUUAACAUGUUCAUACAUAUGCUCGUGGAUGCACGAGCAAAGGACAACUUUUGAAAGGAACGGUUCUCUAGGGUACCAUCAAGUGGUCUGAAAAGGGAAGACAAAACAUACAAGCUAAAAAGGUCUAUUCUCCAGCACUUGCUUGUUUUCACCGUUUGGCUUCAAGGAGUUUUGUCAAGAUUUAAAUCGUUCAUUCGACUCUAAAUCUGCGCCUAUUUGUUUGUUUUUCGCGUUUAACAGAGUAUGACUACUUGAACCGGGCGCUUGAAAGAUUAUUAUCCAAUCAAAUCGUUUGAACUUACCGUUUUUUUUUUUUUUUUCAAAACAAGAGAUUCUCUGUUAAUGUAAACGGACCCAAAAAAAUCCACUGUGCAACUACGAAACUGCUGAUAACUUAAAAACCGUUUGAACUUACCUGAACUCUCAGGAUUUAGCCCGCAAAUUUAAUGAGAAUCUUUUGUUUUCAAAAACCGCCAUGAUUAUUAUGAUUUGUAUUUGGAUAAUCUAUUUCCAGAAAGCCCAGCUUCGAGUAUUCGCACUGUAAGAGUUUAUCAUGAGUAAUAAGUGGUAAAAAGUAAAGUAACUCAGAGAGAGGAGACCCCAGUAGCCAAAAGCUCUCGCAAAGGAUUAGAAAAAGCAACAUGUAGGAGAAAAGGUUACGGGCAUUCAGAAGCGUGCGCAACAGCUGUGACAUUAAAUCAGUCAUAAACCGGGAGCGAAAGAAGCGAAGACGUAAGUGUCUGUAGCGUUGGUUUCUCACUGACAAUUCAGCGUUCCAGAGUAAGUGAAGAGCAUUGUUUAACAAUGUUUAGUCUUUAUUUACUUUUACUUUCGGUAGCGUGUGCACUUCUCUGUUGGUAUAAAAAUUGUUUUUCCUGUUUUUACUGUGAUUAUUAUUAUCAUUAUUAUUAUUAUUAUUAUUAUCAUUAUUAUUAUUAUUACUUUUUAAAACAGCAAAAAUCUAUAUUAACAUAUGACCAAUUUACAUUCCACUAUCAUAAAAUAAAAUUUUGAUGAAAUAAAAAUAUUAAAACUAAGAUUAUAAAACACUAAUUUACAAGCUCAAGCUCACCCCAUUAUCGUCUUUCUAAAAUUAGCGGACUUAUUAUUAAUAUUAUUAUUAUCUCCUUGUUUCUGAUUUCUUGAUUUUGCAUUUCUUUUUUCAAAACAUAUCUGUUUUAUGUAGUGUGUUCACCGAGACUUGGCUGCCAGAAACGUUCUUGUUGGAGAAGACUACGUCAUGAAGAUCGCGAACUUUGGUCUCGCUCGAAAUAUUUACAAGAGUGACUUAUAUGUGAAGACAAGCAGUGGUGUUUUGCCAGUGAAGUGGAUGGCGAUAGAAUCAUUGGUUUUGAGGGAGUACUCAGAGAAAAGUGAUGUGUAAGUACAAAUGACAUUUUAAAAAAAUGAAUGAAGGGAGAAUAUGAAAAUAUGAGGGGAUCGUACUCAAGGAUGACAACUACAUAAUUAGUGCGUAACUAGGCGUUCAAAUUAAAAAGAAGCUGGCCUUUUGAUUACUGCAAUUAAGUUAAACUUGCCAUAACAUAGUUAAGUAGGCGCUCUCCGAUUGGCUGAGAAGUAUGUUUGCAAGCGAGUAACACAGUUAAACGCAACCACGCAACCAUGGUUUGAAAAACUCGACAAGUUUACUUUAUUAACCCAUAACUUAGAGGCAUGGAACUUCAAAAAUCUUUAAAAACAUACUAUAUCAAAGUUUUACGCUCAAGACGACAUUUUGAGGGAGAACAAUCCGUCCUUUAAAAUAUCACCUUUUUUAACAAAUAAAGAAGCCUUGACUGAGCUCUGCUCUGUACGUUGUAAAGCACGCACGACUGGCAGCGGCUAGAACACGAAAGAAGUGUAGGGGGGAACACGAGAUGUAGUCGAAUGUUUCUCUCUACUUCUUGAGUAGUACAACAGAAUAGAGCUCAGUCAAGACUUCUUUAUUUGUUUUAUGAAUAUAAAGAAUCCGUUUAAUUCCCAACACAUUCCUUUUUAAUUUUCAAAACAAUCUUUAUAAGAGUGUUGUCAGCACAUGUUUUAUACUCUCAUAAAGCACGCUUUUGCAACAAAUCAGAGCGCGCGUUAUAUCUGAACUUUAUUAUAAAUGCAAAACAAAAACGUACUGAUUACACGUACAAAACUUCGAGUGGAUACAACACUUCGCAACUAGUAAGAACUGCUCUUUUCAUCAGCGCCAUAAACAAAGAGCUAGGUAGGAACUUUUUCUCGUGAAAGUUGCCGCUAUAAAAGCAACUUAGCAGAAAACUGUUUUUCUGUGGUUUGCAAUUUGUACGAAUUCUCUUAAAUUCUCCCAACACCCGAAUCUCGUGUUUACAUCAGGGCAUGUAAACACAGCACAUAACGUUUUCCAUUUUUUAUAAAUAGUACUCGAAAGAAAAAGAAUACUACUGAUAACGAUUCUUGAAUGUAGCGCUUCAUAUGCAAGCCAUAUAAGUUUUGAUUCCAAUAAUUCCCUUGUAGUGGAGUUAAUAGCAGCUUACCAUAUGUUUCCUCGAGUCCAUAGUUUAGCUUAAACAGCUUAGAGAGCUUUAUUGUCACCCUUUUGGUUUGGAAUGACCCACGCUGUGAUGAGCCUUCGAGUGCGUAUGUUUUGAACCUUGACAUUUGAUAAUGCAAAUGGUCGUUUGGUAUUUGCUUGUGGGAGAUCUUUUCACUGGGCGGCACACCGUAUCCCACUAUACCCGUAAAAGAGCUCUUAGACUUUCUCAAUGAUGGAAACCGUAUGGAAAAUCCCCGAGACUGCCCUUCGGAAAUCUACAAAAUUAUGCAAGAUUGCUGGCAGGAAGGACCCGACAAGCGACCUAAAUUUGAUCAAAUCAGCCAGUCGAUUGGUACAAUACUUGAGCAACGCGCUUCCCAGGUGAGGCCUUUUUUCUACUGUUUUUGAGGCAAAGGAGGAACUAAGAGAACUUAUCCUCUCACUUGUCAGAACUUAUUGUACACUAGGUCCUUCAAAGGAAAAAAUGAAGUUUAUCAAAAGGGGAUACUCUCUUGAGUGUAUAUAUCCUUUGUUCUGAUGGGGCGAGCGGGAAUUAAGCUUUGCAGGAAGAAUAUGAAGAGAUGACUUAUACUGUGUGCUCUUUAAAAAAUUACCAAAUUUGCAAUGACAGUGGCGGAUUCAAAUGUCUAACUAAGUGGGGGACCCCGAAGUGAGCAACUUGUAUGCGCUUGUGUCACGACGUUUUCACGAAUUUUGAAUAUCUUUUAAAUUUCACAAACUAGUCAGCAAAACCUAUAGACCUAAAAAUGGUAUUUUCUGCCUUUUGAUAACGUUUAGGUUUCCGUUUUGAAAUCUUAUACUUCGAAUGCGCCCAUAGAUAUGGUGGAGAUUUUAUUUUCGCGGGAAGAAGUGCCCCUUAAAAUGUGUCUCAAAAUAAACUGAUCCGUAAAAACGCCGUGACAUAGGCCUAGUAUGGAAGUUGCUCGCUCCGGGUUAUGGGCUCCUGGCUGGUAUGUUUAUUCUAAACUUCAAUAUUGGGCUUAUUUUUCACAACAGAGUGUCGCGACCGAGUACCUUCACUUAACAGAAGACAACAACGGUGACAGAAAAGAUUACUACCUUGAACCACAUGAUUCAGACCCCACUGUUCCUGUGACGAGAGCAGAUGUUUAUGACAGGUUAGUACUCUCCAUUAAGCAUUUGGCUUUUGUUCUUGAAAAGUUCUGGGUUGUCCACACCCGGUAUUCCGUACCCACAAAGGAGCCAACAAGUCCCAGGCUAAAGAACUUCCCAAUAUUAGUUCGACAAUAAAUACGUUUUGUUAUGUUAAUUCAAUAACUGAUAGGUAGGGUCAGUUCUGCUUAUAUACUAGCUUGGCCACUGAGGGAGCGCUUAUUUGGGGAAGAAAUAGGUUCUUCAAAGGAGUACUGAGGAGACAGUAUAUCGUUAAUGAGACACGUGCAUGGACAUGGCAAAGAACGAAAGGGACUCAGUUACAUUGUUACGUAAGAAAUAACAUUGCUUAACUCGUGGAUACAGAUAAUGGUCUUGCUGUGCACGGUAAAUUUAAAAUUGAGCCGAACGAGUGGCUACUAAGAAACUGUUCCCUUAUGUCAAUGCUGGCGUUUAAUCCAAGGUAAACAAGCGUUCAGAGAAUGAGAGAGGAGAGGAGGUUCCCUUAUAACAUCACUUAAUAUAUUUAAGACCGUGUGCUGGAGGUGAUUGUUAUUCAGGGAGACUCUUAUUUUUCAGUUUGGCCCGCGAAUAUUUAGGGGAAGACGCUUAAUCAACGUGAACGCCUUUUAUUUUUGACCUUUAAGGCAUAACAGCGUGUUAAUCUCAGAGUGAGAAAGUCUAACUCCGUUCGUUGCGUACAAAUCAAGUUUCGAGUCCAUUGCGGUUGGCAUCAAGAUUUGAAAUAAUGAUAAUAAAAUAGAACAUUGCGAUCUUGUCUCACAGAAUUAUCGGCUCGUCGUAAAAUGUUUUCGUGUGAUUUACGUUGCCUUCUAUAAUCGUGCGCAUGACCUAAAAUGUAUGGUCAAUUUUAUAGGAAUCUACUAUGGUUGACAGCGUUGUUUUCUUCUUAUAGGCGAUCAAGUGAAAAUAUUGCAAACAAUCCCUUGCCUCCAUUACCAGGUGACGUGGAAGAUCAAUUCGAUCCGGAAUCGGAGGAGAGACAACAGAUGCUGAAAUCAGAGAUUUACGGUGGCUCGUCGGGGAGUGAGGGCGACAUAGAACUAGAAGAAUUCAAUGGUAAUGAGCAGGCUGUGGCCUUGGAAGUGACGCCUAUUGCUCACUCUACAGAAAAGGCCGGAAAUUCAAAGAAGAAAACCACAAUCGUCUGA